AUGAUAGUGAAUAGCUCAUUAUGCUACAAAAUAAUUUCGGAUCGAACUGACAUUUACGACAUUGAGGCAUAAAGAAACGUCAGUGUCGAGAAUUCAUUCGUUAGAUAGACAAGUCAAGAUUCAAAGCAAAUAUCGAAAAAUCAGUGAAAUUUUGUUAGUGAAUCUUGAGCAUUUUUAUUUGUUCUGUUUUCGAUGAGUUCGAAUUAACGUUAAAUAUUUCCACACAUUCUCAGAGUAUUUUACUGAGAUAUUUAUAAUGUCUUCGGUUCAGCGUGCAUUUGCUCACAAAUUAAGCAAACAACAUGCUGCUGAUGUGAGACGGCAAAUUGCCACUUCUACUUCCUAUUCGCGUGAUUUGUCCAAAAGUGGUAGCAGUAUAUCAGGCUUUUCAUCUACGAUGUCUUUAUGUGAGAUAUUAGAACCACUUGAUUAUGAAGACUUCUUAACACAACACCAAUCAGUAUUGGAUCGUGAUCCUUUAAAACCAAUAUUGGAUUUUCCACCAGGAGAUGUUGAGCUGAGAGUUAUAAAUAGAAAGAUUCGUACAGAAGAGCCAGUAAUUCCACAUGAAUCAUUAGACACCGUGUCACCUUAUGUAAAAAGAUGUAUUGAAAGUUUUACAUCAGACUGGGUCGUAAUACAUCGUAAAUAUAAAGGAAGAAUCUCACCUAUUGCUAGAGACAGGUUGCUUCAAGAUACUCCUAGACAAGAUUUUGAGGUAGACCAAGAAGAUGCAAAUGGUUGUGGAUCACCAAGUGAGGAUGACGAUUUGUCUAAUUGCGGUGACACUCCAAGAGGAUCUUGGGCAAGUUUGGAUUUGCGACAUUCACAACAUGAUCCACUUUUGCCAAGUUUAUUAGAUCGCGUUUGUCUCGAAACAAUCGAUCAGAUGAACGAGGAAAAGAGAUUAGAAGAUCGACAGGAAGCCUUAUUUCCACUUUAUGCCCCUCCGACUUCUCCGGAUGACGAGUGGCAAGAAAUUAGUGUUGCUCCCGAACCUACCGAACCAUUUGCUCAUAAAAUUCUUGUAAAAUGUCUGCAGUUAAAGUUGGAAUUGGAAGUGGAGCCUAUAUUCGCCAUCCUCGCAUUAUAUGAUGCUAGAGAAAAGAAAAAGGUGUCGGAAAAUUUCUAUGUCGAUAUGAAUUCUGAGGGAUUGAAAAGAAUGCUUGUGAAUCACAUAGCUUACAGCGAUGCGAGUACUUUAGCUAGAAGUUGCGUUCUGAGCAUUAGUAAACCUAGUCCUGAUUUGUUUCUCGUUGUGCGACUGGAGAAAGUGUUGCAAGGCGAUAUUUCGGAGUGUGCUGAACCAUAUUUGCGCGAAGAUAAAAAUAAGGACAAGGUUAAAGCUGCCGCAGCUGCUGCAUGUGAUCGUUUGGGUCGUUACAGAAUGCCUCUUGCGUGGACUGCCAUUCAUCUGUCCGGUGUAAUUGGAGGUGGUGGCGACACGGAUAGUACUGGCAGCGCUGGAUCUUUAGAUAGAAAAUCGGGCAGUUUGGAACAGUGGCGAAAGAAAGUGGAACCACCGACGCGACGAGGAUCGCUGGAAAGACGAAGCUCGGAUAAAAGACGCAGUUGGUCUCCGGAUGAUUUUGCCAAUUGUCUUGAUAGUUUCAGACCCAUCACUUUAACUGUUUCAAGUUUUUUCAAGCAGGAAAGUGAACGACUUCGUGACGAAGAUCUUUAUAAACUUUUAGUCGAACUGCGAAGACCUGGUUCUAAUUUGAAGCGAUUGAAAUGUUUACCGGGAAUAUUGAAAUUGGAUCUCAGUCCUAAACCUGAAGAUCUGCCUAGGUGUCUCGAUCCCGAUCUCAGGAAAUUAGUUCCUUAUCCGGAUGAAAAGAGUCGACCGGUCAAAGAAAUACUUGAGUUUCCGAGUGAAAUUGUUUCGCCGGAUUUAACGUACCGUAAUCUUCUAUAUCUUUAUCCCAAAGAAGCGAAUUUCAGUUCUAGAACGGGUUCAGCCCGUAAUAUUGCCGUGCGAAUUCAGCUCAUGGGAGGUGAACAAGAAGCUGAUGCGCUCACAGCUAUUUUUGGUAGAUCGUCGUGUCCCGAAAUGACACAUGAAUAUUUUACUUCCGUAUCGUAUCACAAUAAAAAUCCAAGCUUUUACGAUGAAGUUAAGAUGAGAUUGCCUGCGGAUUUAAGCGCUAAACAUCACUUGUUAUUUACUUUCUAUCAUAUCAGUUGUCAGAAGAAAGCGGAACAACCAAACGUCGAAACGGCGGUUGCUUAUACGUGGCUCCCGCUUUUAAGAGAUGGUCAUCUUCAAUCAGGCGAAUUCAGCUUGCCUGCUAUGUUGGAUCCGCCGCCUGCAAAUUAUUCUUAUAUUGCACCCGACGUUCUUCUACCAGGCACUCGAUGGGUGGACGCUCAUCGUGGAGUCUUCACUGUUAUACUGGAGCCUGUUUCCAGCGUUCAUCCUCAAGAUAAAUAUAUUGACAGAUUUUUAUCAUUAUGCGGCUUUCUCGAAACUGGUCAAGUUCCACCUCGUAUUGGUGAGGCGGGAAUGGAAUCCGAAUUAAAAUCAGCUCUUCUCGAACUAGCUCGCGCUUCGCAUUCUGCCUUGGUGCGAUCUCUUCCCCAGUUAUUGGAUCAAUUGCUGUGCCUUUUAGUGCGUCCACCGACUUUACCUUCUCAGUCACUAAAUGUAGCCGCCACAAUUUUCGAAGCUCUAGGACUUCUUGUACGAAAUAUCACCAAUCUGCCGGAUGGCCAGUUGGAUGCGCACGGAAGACACGCACUUUUAGCAACCUACAUCGCUUAUCAAUGUUCUCUGCCAAGCAUGACUCACGGCGGAGGUGUUGUGCGAGCACAAAGCAAUCCUGAUCUACCUUUGGAAGACUUGGAGAUGGAAAUCCAUUCGCGAGGAUUAGAUAGAACCGCCUCAAUGCGACAGGAAUUUCCUUCAAUCAACAAUCAGACUACCAGAAGACUUUUGCACGAGGAACUCGCCUUACACUGGGUUGUAUCUACCGGCCAAGCGCGCGAAUUAGCGAUAAUUCAUUCCUGGUUCUUUCUGGAGCUGAUAGUACGCUCGAUGGUCGUCACGUUGUCCGAGGUGGGCUCCUUGGAAGCUCCACGAAAGCUGAGAUUCUCACCGCAGUUUUGUGACGACGUUGCUACUCUUACUGCCGCCUUGACAUCCGAAGUGAUAUCGCGUUGCGGAAAGGAAAUUCGUGUGGCGUCUAACUUGAUAUCGAGUCUGGGCAAUUUCCUGUCUGAUUUGUUAUCCGUGAUGGACCGAGGAUUUGUGCUCUCGCUUCUUCGCGCCGCUUGCUGCUCUUUGUCAGACGCAUCAAUGCAUAUUCCCGAUUCGGCUGCGUUGUUUGCCUUGAAACUUGAUCUUGUGAGAACGGUGUGCUCCCAUGAACAUUACGUAGCAUUGAAUCUUCCCUUUGGCACAGGGUAUACAUCAGGAUCCGCCCCGGCAUCGCCCAGUCCAUCGACCGGCAGCUCGGGCAGUCUGAUCUCUACUCUUGUGCCCGGAGAUAAAGCCAGAUUCUCAGAGCUCAGCCAGGAAUUCAGGCAGCAGCAUUUCCUGGUUGGUAUUGUUCUGUCUGAUUUGGCAAACACCUUGGAGAUACCAAAUCCGAUGCUGCAGAAUAAGGCUAUCGGAACCGUUCGGCAUCUUAUGAGUUGCCACGACGCCGAUUCGCGAUAUUCCGAUCCUGCAGCGAAAGCCAGAGUUGCCGCAUUGUAUCUACCGUUGCUUAGUAUUCUAAUGGAUGCCUUACCCCAGCUUUAUCACUGGGACUCAAAAGACAAAAGCGUUUAUUCGGACGAAUCCGGAUCAAUCACGCAAUCGGUAGCUCUGGCCAUUGCCGGCGGAGCGUCGGCAGACACGGCCGGCAAUCAAUGUCGUGUGUCCUUGAGCUCCGAAGCCACUCGACACUUGUUAAUGUGUGUCUUAUGGGUACUCAAGGGUUUGGAGCGAACCGCAUUAGCACAGUGGUGCUCUGAGCUCAGUGCGCGACGUAUCCUAAGCUUGCUGCAAGUGCUGAACAUCGCCACCGCGGCUUUCGAGUACAAAGGCAAGAAAGCGCUUAAAAGAUUACCGCCUCAAGCCGCAGUCACGAGUGAUAUUAGAUCUCGACUGGAAGAUGUAAUUCUUGGUCAGGGAAGUGCCAGAAGCGAAAUGAUGCUUCGACGAAAAGAGAGAAUAACCGGCGACAAAUUAAGAUGGCGCAAAGACCAAAUGCCUUAUAGAUCUUGCGAACAACCGGAAGGAAGAGCUGUGGAACAAGACGCUCACAUAGAAGGAGCUUUAGCGGCUGAAGCUUCUCUUGUCGUAUUAGACACUUUGGAAUCUGUAGUUCAGGCUGAUGGCGGUGGAGGUGCAGUUGUCGGAGCAGUUUUAAAAGUGCUAUUACGAGCUCUGGCUAGAAAUCAAAGUACAUCAGUGCUUCAGCAUAUGUUCAAUACACAGCGAGCUUUAGUCUUCAAGUAUCAUAGCGCAUUGUUUGACGAAGAAAGCGAGCGUUGUGGAGAUUUAUGUUUAACUUUGCUUACACGAUGUAGCUCGCCCUUGAGCGCUAUUAGAAGUUACGCAGCUGCGAGUCUGUAUUUGCUAAUGCGACAGAAUUUCGAAAUUGGAAAUAAUUUUGCGCGUGUCAAAAUGCAAGUCACAACCUCUUUAUCCGCUCUCGUUGGAAGAGGAAGAGCUCCUAGUGAGGGAGCAUUACGCAGAGCGUUGAAAACGGUAUUAGUAUACGCCGAAAGAGACACGGAACUUGCGGACACAAGUUUUCCUGAACAAGUAAAAGAUCUCCUAUUUAAUCUCCAUAUGAUUCUUUCCGAUACUGUUAAAAUGAAAGAAUUUCAAGAGGAUCCCGAAAUGCUGUUAGAUCUAAUGUACAGAAUUGCCAAAGGAUAUCAAGGAUCUCCCGAUCUUCGACUGACUUGGCUCGCAAACAUGGCGCAGCAGCAUAUGGAAAGAAAAAAUCAUACAGAAGCUGCAAUGUGCUUAGUACAUAGUGCUGCUUUGGUAGCAGAAUAUCUUCAUUUAUUGGAACCCGGUGGUGGCGGCCGACCUGUAGGAGCUGUUGCUUUGAGCGCCGUAACACCGAACGCUCUAGAAGAAAGCGCUGUCGGCGACGACGUACUAGCAAGAAGGGAAGAAGGACUUUGUUUAGGUCCCGACUUUUCCGAAAGUGGAUUAGCAGGAUUAUUGGAGCAUGCGGCUAGCUCUUUUCACGCAGCUGGCAUGUACGAAGCUAUUCCUGACGUUUACAGAGUUCUGUUGCCUAUAGCCGAAGCUGCGCAUGAUUACAAGAAGUUGGCUAACAUACACGGUAAACUUCACGAAGCGUACACGCGCGUGGAACAGUUGGCCGGCAAACGCGUUUUCGGAACCUAUUUCAGAGUUGGUUUCUACGGCGCUAGAUUUGGCGAUCUCGCUGGCGAAGAAUUUGUUUACAAAGAACCGACGUUAACGAAACUCCCGGAGAUAUUUUCGAGACUCGAGAACUUUUAUGCCGAGCGAUUCGGCGCAGACAAUAUUGUCAUAAUAAAAGAUUCUAACCCUGUUGAUCCCAGUAAACUGGAGCCGGACAAGGCUUAUGUACAAAUCACUUAUGUAGAACCGUAUUUUGAAGCACACGAGCUCAGACAUAGACCCACAGUCUUUCAUCGAAAUUUCAAUAUAAAACGAUUUGUUUACGCGACUCCUUUCACUCCUGGCGGCAAAGCUCAUGGUGAGCUACGUGAACAGUGCAAAAGGAAGACAAUAUUAACUGUAGCAACGCAUUUUCCGUAUCUGAAAACUAGAAUUCGCGUUGUAGCUCGGAAGCAGAUAGUUUUGAGUCCCAUUGAAGUAGCGAUUGAAGAUAUACAAAAGAAAACUGCCGAAGUAGCUGCAGCAACUGCUCAAGAACCACCUGAUGCAAAAAUGCUGCAGAUGGUUCUUCAAGGUUGCAUUGGCACGACUGUCAAUCAAGGACCUGCCGAAGUAGCGGUCGUGUUUCUGUCUGGUUUACGCGAACAGAAUGCACAACCCACUAGACUGCAGCACAAACUUCGUUUAUGUUUCAAAGAUUUCCAGAAGAAGUGUCUCGAUGCUUUACGACGCAACAAGAAUCUGAUUGGCCCCGAUCAAAGGGACUAUCAGCGGGAACUGGAAAGAAAUUACCAAAGAUUGACUGAACGACUAGCAUCUCUCAUCGCUUGGAGCGGACCAUCCAUAAUUAAUCAGCAAGCUGCAACGGCAACUUCUCCGCGUUGGUAGAGAAACGAAUACUGCCAUAGAAAUUUACCAAAGAUUAUAUUGUAUUCAGUUAUUAGUCGUAUAUAAGAUUGUCAUUUAACGUAAUUAUACUUCUAAUCGUGAUAAUUCUACUUCUAAUCGUGAUGUAAGAAUAUUUGUACGUUAAAUCCUUGUUUUAUAGCAGAAAUGAAAUUAUGACGUAUGCACGAAAUUAUUUAUAAAGUAACUUUAUAAAUAAUUAAGCUCUUCAUAUUAAUUAUAUUUA